ACUCCGUGUGCAUCUACUUUCGGGUGUAUAAAGCCUCCACUCACUUGGCUCAAUUCUUCACUUCCACUUUCAGGUUCUCAAACCUGAGCUAGUUCCUACCGAACAAGGUACACAUCAGACUCCUGAACGUCGGCAGCUCCCACUGCACAUUUCUUCGAUAGCGAACCAAGUUCGGAUUUAGAUCGACAUUGCCGUUAUUUUCCUUCAUUCGACGCUUCGAACUGCCGAGAAGUCUAUUUCUUGCAACUCUGCGAAUAACCAGAAAUCUCUGUUGUCGUCUUCCAAGCUCAGCCAUGGCUAUGAAUCCGAACGAGCUUUUCUACGCAGGAUACAACCCAUCGCCGUGGUACAAUGGUCAUAACGAUUAUUGGAUCAUGAGAGCGUUAAAUGCCGAGAAGCAGGCAGAGAAGAAGAAGCAGGAAGAUGCUAAGAAGGGGAUUAUCGAGUUGUCAAUGCCUUUGUGCUGCGAAGGCUGCAUCAUGAAAGUACACAAGAAGCUCAAGCCCAUGGAUGGUGUGGCAAGUGUUGAGUGCGAUCAAUUGAAGCAGAAGGUGAUCGUGAAAGGUGACGCCAAUCCUGAGGCUGUUUUGAAAAAGGCGCGGAAGAUUAACAAACGAGCCGAUUUCUGGAAGGAAAAGAAAUGAUUUCCGGCAAAGAAUGUACAUCGCUGCGAAACAACAAAUCUACAGAUUCGCUAACUGAAGUGGGUCAUAAAGCAUUGAUGAUCUGGACUUUACAUCGUGAACGUUUACAUCGAAGAUACUUGGCGAAGUUCACAUCUGCACACGGAAGAGAGAAGGGUCCGUCACAGCGAGUUCUCACAUUCGGACUUUCGGAUGGCUACGAGAUCAGGAGAUGAUUGCCUCGGUCCUUCUAGCUAAAUAACGCUACCCUUGCGUCUAGUUCGACUUUCUCACACUGCCGAUCUCCACCACAUUCCAAAAUCCUGGGGUAGUAUACAUUUCAAUUGGUGUGGAGUUUCCAUUUCUUUCAAUAUUUCUUGGCGCAUUGCCAUUGUAUAAAUGCCUGAUGGCUCGUAGAACAUGUCACAGGAUGGUCUGAAGUGUAAACGCAUUAGAGAAUGUAAAAAUUAGGAACAUUUGAAGGGGUAGGACGGUUGAGUCAUUCCUGAAAGUUUUGAGGAAUGCACUGUAAAUCCAUGGGCGAAGAUUUUAGCCAGUUCUAUCUGAGAUGAAAGUGUGUGCGUAAUCGAACAUAAGAUUGACAGGAAAGCUUGUAGAAGCAAUUCAGGUGAGUAAUUGAAGUUUAUUCUACAGUGAUGAUUGUGCGUCUGAUUUCCAGACGCACCAAGUAUGUUGCGUCUAACGCAGGCGUCUUUGGCAAACGAAAGGAGAGAAGCGUGACUAACAAGUUAACACAUGCACGAAAUACAAUACAGUACAGCAUUAUGUACAUGCUAGAAGCGUAUACCGUU